UUAUGUCGUUUGAACAAAUGCUGAGAUAGCUUCCAAAACGAUCAAACCAAUUCUGUCGUUGGAGUAAACCACCCCUUUAUAACGAGAACUGGUAACCGAUUGCUAGGAAACGACGUCGCUUAGCAAAUUCAAGAGUUCAAUUUCCCAAUUCAUAUGUAUGCUUAAAAACCUCGUAAAAAAAUAGUGAAAUCCGUAAACCUCUGUUUCCCUCCUUCGAAUCUUCUGUAUGUAGUCGUUAUUAGCCCAGCGAUCUCGUUUAAAUCUGAAAAAGUGUAGCAAGGUGGGUAGAAUAUGAAGCGAAAGAGAGGGAAUAAGAAAGGCAAGCAAAAACGUCCUCCUGCUAUUACCACAAAUGAGGCAGUUGUGGACCUAGUCAAUUUGGAUAGGGAAGAUAAUUCUGGUGCAGAUGAGUUUGAUGAUAAUACUAAUGAUAAUGAUAAUAAUGAAGAGUUCCAAUCUGCAAUGGAGGUUGAUACACCUUCUUCUACUGGUACAGAUCAGCCAUUGAAUCUUGCAAGUAUAAACCCUGAUGGGUCGAUUGAUAAGACUGCAGGGAAGUCGUUUGGGCGUGUUAAGGUUAAGCUCAAGACUUCGAAGGUGUUAGAAUCGCAUAGCGAUACUGAUAAGAGUAGCCCACAAUUGGGUUUGGAGAAACAAAGUGUGGUUAGUGAUAAAAUAGAAGAUACUGGCAACUCACUGUCUGAAGUGAAAACAAAUGUUUCUGGGAAUGUAUCAAAGAAACCUGGGAGUAUAAAGAUUAAGUCGUCAAAAGUGCUGGGUGGAUUGGGUGCUGAGAAAAGUGGUGGUACUGUAAUGAUACAGGAUGAGGGUUUACAACAAAAAGAACCAAGCACGCCUCAUCAGGAAUCUCAAUAUAGUAAGCAAGAGUUAGAUUCUGCAUUGUUGGUGAUUAAGAAGAUUAUGAAAAUGGAUGCAGCUGAACCCUUCAAUGUUCCUGUGAAUCCUGAAGCUCUUGGAAUACCUGAUUAUUUUGACAUCAUUGAUACGCCAAUGGACUUUGGAACUAUAUGCAGCAAUCUUGAGAAGGGUGAUAAGUAUAUGAACUCGGAGGAUGUCUACAAAGAUGUUCAAUACAUUUGGGACAACUGUUACAAGUAUAACAAUAAAGGUGAUUACAUCUUGGACCUCAUGAGGCGGGUGAAGAAGAAUUUUAUGAAGUAUUGGACCGCAGCCAGUUUAUUCACUGAACAGUCAAGAGGUUCCAGUGGUGCUGAAGGUGCUCAAGGGGAAGAUAAUGGAGCCUCUAGUCAAGUUCAUGGUAAAACUAGUCAAUAUAAACAGAAGAACAAAAAACGUCAUGGUCUGCUUGCUAACCAGUUUGAAGAAAGUGGCAGGCUCCAGAUUGGCCAUAGAAGGCGCCAUAAGCUUGAUUGCCUAUGUGCUAUAUGUGUUCUAAAGCGCCGUAGAAGGGAGCGCGAGGAGAAUGCUCGACUUGCUAAAGGUCAAAUUGGAGUUUCUGAUAAUAAACUUGCUCAAGAGUCAAAGCAAGAGGGAUCUCCUCUAACUGAGAGUCCUGGUGGUGAGGAUUCAUCAUCAAAUAUGGAUGAAUCAGUAGAUCCAGAUGCAGAUGCUGAAGUGGAAGGAAAGGGGCAGGACGUGAAAAUGGAAGAUACAGAGCAGCAGUUCAGCACCGUUAAGGACAAGCCUGAUGAGGCAGAGGAUGAGGAUGACGAUGAUGAUGAGGAAGAGGAGGAAGACGAGGAGGAAGAGCAGGAGGAUGAGACAGAGAUUCAAAAGAAAGGGAAAGUCGAAACAUCAGAGAAAUCUGGGUUUGCUGAUAGAUUGGGAGAGGAGCCUAAUCAACAAUCUCAGCCUGGACUAUCAGAUAACACAGGUUUGGUAGUCCAAAUACAUACUGACAAAGGACGUAUGACAGGCCAGCAUGAGGACAAAACUCUAGCAGUUCAGCGAAGUAAGGAUAAGGAAUCACAAGAACAAAAGCAGAAGGAUAAAAUGUUUGAGAAGUUUCGUUCCGAAAAUCCCAUGCUUUUCAGUUUGUGCAAAAGUCUCUUUCCUGACAACAAUAAGUCUCUCUGGAGCGGGCCUCACUCAUUGGUUCGACAUGAGGGUUCCGAUCGUACAAGUUCUAUUCAUGCUGCUAUUGAAACUUUGAUGAAGUAGGUGCUUUAAGUAACUUCACAUUGUCCAACAAAGGAUCUGAGGUGACCUUAUGCUCACAGAGAUCUAAUAUAUUAUUACAAGGCAGCAUGUCUGACAUAGAUCAUACGUGAAAGUGAAAUGCCUAGUUAUAAAUGAUGCUUCUCAGCUGAGGAUAAUUAGUUUUAUCUUGGAACAGGGUGGAAUCAUACCUCAUGGCCUAAAAAUUCAACCCUAAUUUACGCAACUUAGGUAAUCUUUCUGCGAAGUCAUUGGUAUUCCUUUGGUGGUUGCAGGAAUUUGCAAUUGUAAUUUGUAUACAUCAAUGUUAGAAGUUGUAAUCACUUGAUAUUAAGCAAGAAUUCUUUUAGGGUUGUACUGCGGCAAAAAGCAGUUUGUGCGAUUGUAAAUAGAUUAUAUUCUUUUAGGGUUUUA